AUGAUUGCCCUGGAGUGCCACCGUCUCUGGAGAGCUUGCGCAACCCCUGACAGGACCCCUGCUGUUCACCCUAAAGAGGGCCCCUGGGGCGCCGCCUCUCCUGUGAGGUCCCCUAGGGCGCCACUGCCUCUGGGAGGACCCCUGGCAGCGCCGCCACCAUUAGGAGGGCCCCUGUGGGCGCCACUGCCCCUGGAGGCCCCCAGGGGUACUGCCACCCCUGGAGGUCCUUUGGGGGCGCCGCCACCCUUGGGAGUGCCCCUAGGGGUGCCGCCGCUUCUGGGAGGGCCUUGGGGCGCCUUUGCCCCUGGGAGUACCCUUGCGGCGCCACCGCCUCUUGGUCGUGGUGCCUUAUAUAUGACAUACGUCCAGUAA